AUGACAAAGACAAAAAUUGAUCUUAAAGUUGUACUUUUAGGGUAUGCAUCAGUAGGUAAAACCUGUAUUGUAACUAGAUAUACAAGUGGCCAAUUUGGGGACACACAUACAACAAUUGGUGGAGCUUUUUCAUCAAAAAGAGUGGUUGUAGGGGAAACUGAAGUUUUAUUAGGAAUUUGGGAUACUGCAGGUACAGAAAGGUACCAAGCAGUAAAUGUUAGUUAUUAUAGAAGAGCAAAUGCUGCUAUAGUUUGUUAUGAUUUAACAAAUAGAGAAUCAUGGGAAAAAGUAACAUUUUGGGCAGAGGAAUUAACACAGAAUGAACCAGAAAUUGAAAUUUAUAUUGUUGGAACUAAAUUGGAUUUAAUUCAACAAGGUGAUAUUAAAGCAGUACCAGAGGAGGAGGUUAAACAAACAGCAAGAAGAUAUAAAGCACAUAUUUUUGAAACUUCAUCAAGAACUGGUGAAAAUGUAUCAUUAUUAUUUCAAACUAUUGCUGAGGAUUUCUGUAAAAGAACAAACAAUGGAACAAAUCCAGUCAAUUCAAAUCCUUCAAAUGUAGUCAAUGUAAACACUCAAACUCAAAAGAAAAAAGGUGGCUGUUGUUAA